GAUGACUUCACAGCAGAACCGGUACAUGGAGCAGCACCAGGUGUGGUUUGUGAUUUGGGACAAGCUGUGGAAACAUCACCAGAGCCAGCGUGUGAAACGAACAAUGGUUCAAGUGCAGCUAAAGUGCAGAGAAAUCGUGCAGAGAAAUCAAGUGCAGAGAAAUCGGUUCAUGUGCAGCUAAUUAUGUGCCACGAAGGAUCCCAAACGGAUGAAAAGAAAAUUCUAUCAACAAUUGCUGUGCAAACAGAACCAUACGCUUUUUCUUCAGGCUCCUUGUCCUGUGCAUCCACGGAACAGUCUUAUUCACUGUUGUCUGUACGAGGCCGACUUCAUUCCUGCCAGCAGUGCACCUAUGUGACACUGGACAAGUCAACUAUGAUUAGACACCUUCAGAAACACAUGGGCGAGCCUCCCUACCAGUGCCACUUUUGUCCAGCUGCAUUCAUGUACAAGUCCAAGCUGGUGGCUCACGUGCGCACCCACACAGGAGAGCGGCCUUUCUCCUGUGUUCACUGUAGUGCGUCAUUUGUGACGAAAAACACCCUCAUUAGGCACAUCCGCACACACACUGGAGAGCGGCCUUUCUCUUGUGCCCGCUGCAGUGCAUCCUUUUUGCAGAAAGGCCACUUCAUUGAGCACACCCGCACACACACAGGAGAGCGGCCCUUCUCCUGUGUCCACUGCAAUGCAUCCUUUAUGAAAAAAGGACAUUUUAUCGAGCAUAUGCGCACUCACACAGGAGAGCGUCCCUUCUCCUGUGCCCACUGCGGUGCAUCCUUUAUGCGGAAAAGCAACCUGGUGAGACAUGUCCGCAUGCACACCGGAGAACAGCCAUUUUCCUGUGUCCACUGCAAUGCUUCCUUUUCUGCGAAAGUCACUCUAAUUCGGCACAUGCGCACUCACACAGGAGAGCAUCCCUACUGCUGUGUCCACUGCAAUGCUUCUUUUUCUGCAAAAGUCACUCUAAUUCGGCACAUGCGCACUCACACAGGAGAGCGUCCCUACUGCUGUGUCCACUGCAAUGCAUCCUUUUCUGUGAAAAGCGCUCUAAAUCGGCACGUGCACACUCACACAAGGGAGAGUUCUUACUUCUGUGUUCACUGCAGUGCAUACUUUGUGAAGAAAAGUUAUCUGAUGAGACACAUCCGUAUGCACACAGGAGGAAAGCCCUUUUCCUGUGUCCACUGUAAUGCAUCCUUUUCUAUGAAAGGCAACCUAAAUCAGCAUAUGCGUACUCACCAAGGAGAGCAUUCCUUCUCUUCUCCGCAACACGAUGCCUUCUUUCUACGGAAAGGCAACGCUGUGCAACCCAUUUGCAUGCACACUCGAUAGAGGCCAUUUUCUUGUCUCUAUCGCUAUGAUUACAAAAAUUCGAAGUCAAAGGGAGAAACGUAAUUGCUUCAUUAUAACCAUUAGUUUGUUAGAGUCAAUAUACAUUUCUAUGGACAAUUAGCCAGUAAGAGUGAUUGUACUCACCACCGAAUGUGACAGCAGCCCGUCGCGCAAAGAAACACAUUCAUCGGAAGGCAAAAGGCUAGCACAAUAAUAAAGAAAAACACAUUUUAUUUUCACCAAAUACAACGCUACAGCUGGCAGAUCACUUCGGUGAAAAAUAGUCAUUAAUAGACUUGUCUACUUCUCCUUACGUGAAUUACUUCUUUUUAAGCUGCAGCAGCUAUUGCGAGUUCGUCCUUUCCAUCAUUUUAAAGACCUAAAGAAGCAACGCAACAGGUCUGUCGCAUCCAGCGCUUGCGCAGACGUCGGUACGCCGGGUUUGCCAACAUUAGGCUCCGGGGUGUGGACUCAUUAGUCACUGUCAACAUGCACCCCCGUCACCACACACACAAUUUCCCAUCCGACAACUCUUUGCUUGUCACUUCUUCAGCAUGGGCACGGACGUACGUUAAGAAAGUGUCGCAGUCAGGCACACUGGAGGCGUCAAGGAAAGGGUCCCAUGACAUCUGCGCCUGGUCGCCCGCGGUAGCCUCUCUGGUGACAUUGCUGAAAUCUGUGCUGGACUCUCCGUUGCUGACGCCAAAUGGGGCAUGCCGAAAGCAGUUGGUGAUCACGGCCAUCUGGGCAGCUUGCAAAAUCUCCAUUGCCAUGUUCAGGUUGUUGUUUCGCACAAACUCAUAAUGAGAAAUACUCGACCAAUGACAUGCUAGCGAUAG